CAGAAAGUCGUCGAAGUCGGUUGUGAAUUCAACAUCUCAUAGGAACGCAAAAAAGAAGUGAAUGUUGUAUUGUAUUGGUUUACUGUGCAUUGUUUAAAACGGCUUCUUUUUUAAGAUCAGCGUAACAUGAUGUUUAAAGCCUCAAUAGUCAUAUUAACUCUGAUUGUAUCAUCAUUUGGAAGAGUGUUGGAAACAAAAUCAUCGAAAUUAACAGAUAAAUCAUCUAUUAUUCUUAGACAAGAUGUCGAGGAAUACAGCGAUAGUGAAAAUGCAGUUGAUGGAAAUAUUUCCGAAUCGAAUGCAGUUGAUGAUUCGGAUGCAAGUGAAAUAGUAAACUGUUAUGAAGUUAAUUGUAAUGAGGCUAGCAACGCAAAUGCAGACGAAGAGACUAACUCGGAGAAUAAUGAAGUAUUGCAAGAAAUCAACCAAGUUCCUCAAGAGGUGAUAAGUGAGGCUCCUGUUGUGAACGUUGAUGAUGCCAAUCCGAUAAACCGAUACUGUAGAUGUACAACAUACGAAUGUAAUUGUUGUCGGGAUUUUCUCCUUCCGCUUGUGCCGAUUAAAGGACCCGGGUGUGCAACAAUUCAGUACCUCGAUGGAAAUAGAAUGUCUAUUGGAGUAAAGUUUGGUGAUCGAGUGCUAGCUAAUCGUGUUAUUUCAGGUAGGAAAGCUACUCCUGUUUGUAUGCCAUUGCCAGGGGGAUUCAACCGUUUCUGUGGUCGUAUCUAUGGUAUAAGUAGACGAGCAGAUGAUUCUUUCAAAGCGUGUUUAGGAUUGGAGCUUCGUGCGGAUAACGAAAUUGAAGCGGUUCUUCGAGUAUCAUGCUUCAAAUUUGGACCACGUGGCCUGUCAGUUACAGAGCCAGAACCAUUACCACCUGUUGAGGACAUUGAGGUAGAUGAAGAGGAUGAUGAUGAAGACGACGAUGAUGAAGCAGACGAUUUAUUAGGUUCAUUCGGGUUAGGCGAUGAUGAUGAUGAUGAUGAUGAAGAUGAAGACGACGAUGAAAUUACUGAGCAGGAUGAAACUGAAGUCCAGUCACCUGAUUCCAGUUAUACUGGAUUUAGUUUAUUGGGGAGCGAUUUCUUAGGAGACUUACUUGGUUCGACCAGUCAGAAAAAAAAGAAAGCGAGUUUGCAUAAAAUACGAGACAAUUAUUCGGAUAGCAAAACUGUUCCAGAAAAAGAACCAAAGCGAAAUAUUACUACUAAACUAAACUCGUCCAAUAAGCCUAUCACAGAAGCAACGGUGAAACAUAAAGAUGAAGAGAAUUCUGACGAAUUAACGGACAUUGUUGAAUCUUUGAUGUCUGGAGGCGACGAUGAAAGCACUGAGAAUGUUGAAUAUGAUGAAGACAAUGAUGAAGAUUAUGUAAAUGAAACGAAAGCUGAAACUAUUUCACCUCUAGAAGCUGGCGAUGCAGACGAGUACGAUGAAAGCGAAGAAGAUAAAAAGAAAACCAAUGAAUGGCAAGAAUUGGAGAGUAAAGAACCAAAGAAACCGAAAUAUGGGUUCAGUUGGACUAACUUUACGCGACUGUUUCGAAUACUUUAAAAAGUUAUAACGAUAUAUCUUUCUAAAUAAUAUUUUAACGAAAGAGUUACUCUAGAAAAAUUUUGACGUAAGUCCUCAUAUUUAUUUAAUUUAUUGUAAAUUAACUGCAGGAAAGAGUUAUAUGACCACAAGAGACAGAGAAGUGUUUGUAAGUGCAUCGAGAAUAAAAACCUGUUUUAAUCCACCUA